AUGGCACUAUUUAGUCCUCAAAAGGAAGGCCUCGCAGCCACCCUAUCUAAGCCUGGGGAUUUUUUUGACUGGGAGCAUGCAUUCCGCAUUCAGGCUGAGCGUCUUGACCUUCAACAAUACCUCAAACGGAAGACUUUCCUAAGAGACAAACCAGCCAUUCCAGACAUUAGGAAACGCAAAUACACAAAGACUGCCCAAGCCCAACGGACAAUACGAUCCAAGACUCAAGAGUCUCAAGAAAGCACCCAAGACGAUAUCCAAGAAACUGCCAACGGGACGUGGGUUGUGUCUGACCUAACUGAGCAAGGCCAGAAGACCUUUCAGCAGGACCUAUCUUUUUAUCAGUUAGAAGAAAGGAUCUUCAAAGACGAAAAGAAGGCCCUUGGCACCCUCAAAGACUGGGUCUUACGAACAGUCUUCCCCAGCUUCAUCCGGACAUGCUGUCAACCACAUGGGUCAAUAUACGAAUGGCAUCACAACCUCCGUGCACGGUGCGGAAGAUCAGAAGCAGAUGAAACAAGAGAUUCUCGAAACAGAUAUCUAACCCUGCUAAAGACAGCUCCAAAGACCCAGGGAUGGACAUCUUACGAACGGGAAUCGAAUCGAUAG